AGCCUUAGGCGCUUAGUUUACAUUCACAAUCUCUCCACUAUACGAUCUUACGACAAUAAGAAUGCUCUGAUAUGAUAAUACAACAGCUGAAGAAUGUCCAACGCCAGGAUGCAGGACAAAGAAGCCAAAAUAGAUUCUGUCCUUCCCGUGAUGCCAAGUGGCAAGUUGAUGAGUGUGCAGGGAGCCAUCUUACCUGGUGGUUUUGACCAACAUGGCCGCCCCCUCAUCUGCUUCCCUGCAAGGCAUCAUGGGAGUCUGACGGAACAUUUAAACAGCCAGGACCUUGCCCACGUGGUGCAAUAUUUCAUGGUUAUCACACGUUCCAACCAGAAGAAGAACGGUUUUGCCUUCCUGGCUGACUUGACUACAACAGGGCUGCCGGCAGUGCAUCUGAUAGUGGAGACGUUGCAGUUAGUGGAGAUCCGCACUCCGCGUUCUGUUGCCUGUUUCUACAUCGUCCGUCCAGACAACAAGGCGGCCUGCAAACAGCUGGCCAAACUCCUGGGGGUCAAGACGGCCAAGAAAGGUCCUCAGGGCAAAGGGCUUUGGGACAAGUGCACUUUUGUGGGCGAGGUCGGGGAACUUCAGAACCACUUGGACCCCAGCCAGCUGACUUUUGACCUGGGGGGUUAUUUGACCUAUGACCCCCAGACAUGGGUGCAGUUUAGAAAGGUACUGUAG